GACACAACGAGACGACACAGACAGUUCAAAACAUAAACACAACGCACGUGCAUUCAAAAAAUCGGUGCUGUUCACUUGUUUCUGUAUAAUUCUACGUGUAAUUUAGUGUAAUUCUGAUCGGUUUAUAGUAAUUUAAUUGUAGUGGAAUAAAGCUGCCCCACAAUGUCCAAGUUCAAACAAACCAACGCGCAGAUAUACGCGAAAUCGGCCACGGUCCUUUCUCCGGAUACGAUCUAUUGGAAGAAGCUGGGGGUUCCAACACUGGUGAAAGAAUUCGGAGCGAUCGACUACAUCGAUUUCAGCCCUGUCGAACCGUACGAGUUUGCCGUGACCGCUUCUGUGCGCGUUCAAAUCUACAAUCCGGUCACAAAGCUGGUGGUCAAGAACAUCAGCAAGUUCCAAGAGGGCGCCCACGGGGGUUCAUACAGAAGCGACGGAGAACUACUGGUGGCCGGUGAUGAUCUGGGGAAAGUGCGAAUUUUCGAUCCCAGCUCGAAGUCGAUGUUGCGUUGCUUCGACGGCCACAAAGCUCCGGUACAUCGAACCUUCUUCAACGCAGAUCGCCAUCACGUCAGCAGUUUUUCGGACGAUAAAACUGUGAGAUAUUGGGACAUUGCCACGGAAAAGCACGUCAGUACCUUCUCGGAACACGCGGACUAUAUUCGCGCAGGAUGUACCAGUCCCGUGAGCCCAAACAUAAUCGUAUCCGGAGGUUAUGACAAGAAAAUCAACAUGUACGACACGAGAACUAAGGAAAAGGUACUGUCACUUGAUCACGGAAGUCCUGUGGAAUCGCUUAUUUUCCUACCAAGUGGAGGCAUUUUCAUCAGUGCCGGAGGCACCUCGGUCAACGUCUAUGACGCACUCGCCGGUGGACGAAAAAUUGCCCAAUUAUCGCAACACCACAAAACCAUUACCUGCCUGCAACUGGCCAGCGACGGUAAAAGACUCCUUUCCGGAAGUCUGGAUCGACACGUGAAGAUCUAUGAUAUUGCCACGUACCAAGUGGUACAUACGAUCGAUAACUCCAAUGCUGUGUUGAGUUUGGGCGUCUCCAAAAAUGAUGAUACACUCGUAACAGGAAUGGUUGAUGGUUUAAUUGCAAUCCAUCGGCGGGAUGUCGAUAAGGAUAAGGACGAUGUCGAACGGAAGAAAUCUCGACAAUCCAAGGCUCGGGCCAGGUACGAGAACAUAUUCGAAUCUGCUGACGAGAAGAUUGGUGAAUUCCGUCACGAUAGAAUAGAGCAGUUUGAUCGUAUGUUGAGGCAGUACGAGUACUCUAAAGCACUGGACAGUGUCAUGGUGCCAAGCGUGAUGGGGAAAACGCCGGAAAAGACAGUAGCUUUGAUAAAGGAAUUGAUUCGUAGGAAAGGUUUGGACAGAGCACUAACAAAAAGGACACAUGUGUUUUUAGUACGCUUCGUGAAUUUCCUCCUGCGCUACAUUGGAGACUAUCGAUUCACUCCCGCCCUUAUUGACGCAGCCAACAUCCUGCUAGACGUGUACGAGUCAGAUUUCGAACAGUUCGCUGGAACCGAGGUAGGAAAAAUGUUCAUAAAUCUUUCGAAACGCUUGAAGAAGGAAGAGCAAAUCAUCAGUGAGUUCCUGGAAGUCCAAGGGCUGCUGGAGAUGAUUUCCGCCGCCGCGGAUGUCGGCCAAGCCGCCAAUGAAGACGAAGAAGCAGAGAAAGUGCUGGAGAAGGAACUUCAGGCUUCCGCGAAUGCACAGAAGCAAGCAGUUAUUAAUAUUGAUUGAUUUACGAAAUAUAAUGAAGUUUGAAUUAUACAGAAAA